AUGCCCCGCGACAAGACAGGCUCUCUUCCCUAUGUCCCGUCUCCGUCUCCGUACCCACAACUGCUCCCUGCUGCUGAGAUCCAUGAGCCCACCAAGCGAAGCGCUGGUUCCUUCCGAAGGCAUCCCACUCCUGGCGCGCCUCCGGCUGGCGGGUCUCCCUCGUCGAUAUCAAAGAUUCAUGGCCGUAAUUCCCCUACCGUUGGCGGAACCCGUGGAAUCCAGAGCGUAGAGUCUCCCAGUGACUCGUUGCCCUUCCGGCCUCGCACCCCCGUCGAGACUCUGCGGUAUAAACUUACCAACCGCUCUCCAAUUCCCUCUCGUCCAGCUUCUCCGCUCCAUCAAAAUCUCCGCGGCGACCACCAUCCUGCUGAUAUUACUACCCCAGACGGCAAGAGAAUCCUCGUCCGAACUUUGAACCCAGACCUCCCACCUUUGGUCCAGUACGUCCCUCCCGGGCAGAUACGCAAUGCGAGGGCGCUUCACAGAGCGCAGGAUGGCUAUUCGAGCAGUCGGUCAAGGUCCUCCUCGCCGGUUAAGGGUGGUAGAGCCCGCCUUGAGAAGACAAUGGCAGAGCUCAACAGGAAAGCCAAGCAGCACAAACAGGUUUAG